GCGGCGGUAUUUUGGCUCUCCUCGGGGUUUAAUCAGAAAUAUUAUUCCGAUUUUCUCGGUAGUGCGACAAGUUAAACGUGUGCGAUUCUGUACGGAAAGUGUUCUUCAUUGACCAGUGCAUCGUUUUCAGGUGGAAUUCAGAUUCCCUAAUCACGGCAGUUGGGGUUCUUUCGUGUCCUGGAACGGGUCCGGGAAGUGUUUCGGGUUCGCUUGGCUUGUGAGCUGAGAUAGCGCCAGCUUCUUAGUGUGGGCAGAGUUUGAAAAUCGAAAAAAUAAAAAUUUAAUUAAAUAGGAAGAAACGUGUUCGAACUGUGACGCAUAGUAUUGGAAGAAGUGGACAGUGGUUGUAAUUGCAGAGCGAGGAGUCGUAACUCCGUAUCGUUUAUUCAGGCUAACUAAGCAGAAAUCAGAAAAAGUUUUCAACCACCAUUCGUUGAUAUUUGCGGUGCUUUUGGGCAAAACAUACAAAUAAAAAUCUGUAAAAUGGGUGAUGCCAUCAAUUUCGGACCCGCUUGGUUGCGCAAAGUUGCUACCUUCGAUAGUAACGCUGUAAGCAGCAUUGGUGGACCUCCCCACAGUAAUAACAACAAUAAUAGUAACACUGGCACUAGCAAUAAUCAGAGCAGCAGUAAUAAUAACAACAAUAGCAGCAGCUCGAUCUCUGCUGGUGGUGGUGGCGGAUCAACCAAUUUGUCAACUGUUAAUGCUACCACUGUUGCUGUUGCUGCUGUUGCUGCGGCGACCGUCGCUGCCACCGCCGCAACUACGACAACUCGUUACCCGUUGGCCGAGUUCCGCUAUGGGAGAGAAGAAAUGUUAGCAUUGUUUGAUGUGAAAGCGGUUAAAACUCCAGAGAUAUUGGUAAACUUCAAAAAUUUAUAUGUUGAGAAGGUACAAUGUCCACUGGCGUUGACUCCUUGCACCGAUGACGAUGUUGUUCCAGAACCGGACACACGGCGAGUAUGGCAGUCCAGAAGCAUUUCUUUAGGAGUGCCAGGACGCGGGGCUCGUGGUGGUUCAGUGGACCGGGGAAGAGGUCGGGGUAGAGGCCUCUACCUCGGUUACCAACGGUCAACCUCUUUCUACGACGACGAGUCCAGAAGCGUGGGAAGGGGUGAAAGACCAUGGCUGGAACGUAACGGCACCAGUGGAACUCUCGGUGGUGGGGGCGGUGGCAGCGGCAUAGCAGGCAAUGAAACAGACUGGAAUAGUUCUACGUCGUCGCCUCGAAAAGAAUUUGGUACUCGACCUAGGCCGGCUAACAUCGAAAACUGGCGCAGAUCUCGUCCAGAUGAUGAACCGAGUACUACGGAUUGGCGCAGUAGUAGCAUCAAUACAGCUAAUAGUUUGUCAUCUGGAUCAAGUUUGCGUGAUAAAUGGACACGAUCGACUAGCUGGCGCGAAGAGGAUAGUGGUACAUCUGACGUUUCUGGAAUAAACCGUUCUGGUGGGUUGAAUAGUUCGCAUUCACCUGCCACUAGUGAGCGGGUGAUCCCGAACUCGGGAACGUACAAACCACGACUGUCAGCACUUAGUGGAUCUGGAACAGGCGAUUUAAACACGAGCGCGGGUAGCACCACUAGCGGGUCGAUCAAUACAUCGAGACGACACUGGGAUACUGAAGAUCAGCUUCCCGAAUGGGCAACAGAGAACCCUUCGGAUUACGGAGGGAGCUUCGAUGCCAGUGGUGCUUUUCAUGAUUCUGAUAAUGACAUCGACGGUAGAUUAGAAGAUGAUAUUAGUAAGGAGGAGAAUCAUGUUGAUAGAAAAGGAAGUUCGGAUACCAGUUCGAGAAAGAGUGUCUCUUCGAAAGAAGGUAGUGCGACUAAAGAAGACCUACCCAAUCACGUUCCGGAGAAUGACGAACCGGAUGAUGAACCUCACAAAGAUGUCAAACCAGAGGAUGAAACACUGGCUGAGCAGAGAAUUGACGCUGAAGUCAGUCGAUCGAAAGAGGAUGCGAUUAGCGUAAAGGGACUAUCAUCAUCCAGAGAGUCCGUCAAUUCCCAUCUUCCUCCAGUUCCAGUUGAAAUUCCAAAAGUUAGUCAUGAAACGGCUGUCGAAAGUGAUAUGCAAAGAACGAAUCCGAACAGUUCUGCUAACAGCGGUAAAGUCAGUGAAAGCCAUAAUAGCAGCGCGGAGAUACAGCGUCGUGACGAACCGAAAAAGUCUGCUUCUAGUUCAAGUGUGGAUCGCAUGCAAGAAGUAGCUGAUGAUAUGGUUGCACAGCUAAUUAUGGAUGACGAAUACACGGGUGGCAGCGAUACCGAUCCGGCUCCAGUACCACGUUCAAUAGACAAAUCUCCUGUUUUGGGUACCCAAAUUCCAAUUAAUCUAUUACUUCCUAAAGAUCCAGUUGCAAUGCAGCAGCUGUUUGGAGGAAGUAGUGCAAAUAGCGGUAACCGGAACAUGUUAUUAACAGAUGUUAAUCGUUCAAUCUUGCAUGGUCUGGGUCCGCAAAUACCUCCAGUACAUCCUGGUAGUGAUAUGUGGUAUUAUAGGGAUCCACAGGGUAAAGUUCAGGGACCGUUUCCUGCUUCGGAAAUGACUGAGUGGUAUAGGGCAGGAUAUUUUGAUGAUUCACUCUCGGUUCGUCGUGCAUAUGAUGAGGUUUACACGACAUUAGGGACGCUCGUAGCUCUCUGUGGAGGUGCCAUUCCAUUUUUGAACUCGAUGAACAUACCACCGAUCAAAAGCAAUAGUGUUAACUCGAAACAGCAGCAGCCGCCGCAGCCUUCUCCUGCCCCAACCAGCUCAUUCCAACAACAGAAAUCUGCCUCUACGCUUCAACACCUUCAUCAGCCAACUCAGCCCCACGACUCAGACCUCUCAGCUCAGUUUCAGUUUACCAAGAAGCUGCAUUUGCUGCGUCAACAAGGCAUCGUAAUGCAAAAAUUAGCUUCCACCGACGGUUGGCCACUGCUGUCACAAGAGCAACAGAAUGCCAUUAUCGCUCAACAUAUGGCCCAAUUACAGUUGAACGAUAGUAUGUUAAUAUCACCCUCGCUCCCAGCGCCGGCCAGCUCAACAAAUCCCCCCAAUCCAGCAAGUAUUUUCGGUGGUGUGCCGCCACAAGAAUCGCUAGUCAAUCUUAAGCAGGCUCAGCAACAACAACAGCAGCAAGCCCAAGCACAACAACAGCAGCAGCAACCCCAACCUGGGCCGCCCCAUCCGGUGCUAGAUCAACUGCAGAAAGCCAACAGCCUAAGCAGCGCGUUUCAGAAGAUACAACUACCUGAUUUUGGGCAGCCACAAUCCGGACGGCCAAUGCUAGGUAAUCUAAGCGUAGAUUCUUCUGCUGGGCAUGAUCACUUAGGACAGCUGAUUCACAACAUCAACUUCAAUCAUCAACCUCCAGUACAAAACCUCCCGCUUGGAGCAAAUAUGUUGUUGAAACAUAACUUAAUCGGAAACUUGACGCAGCAGCAACACCAACAACAACAACAACAACAGCAGCAGCAGCAGCAACAGCAACCCCAACAACCACCAGCACCUAAGCAGAGUAUAGAAAAUGAUCCUAUUCAGUCACUUCUAAUGCAACUGUCAAUGCAUAAACAGCAACAACCCGCACCUGUUCCACCAGCAAAGGCACCAGUAGAACUGAUAUCUCCAUGGUUACAAACACAAUCGAUGGCCCCGCAACAGCAGUCAAGCUUGCGUCCAUUGAGUAGCGGAUGGGGCGAUCUACCACCAACGAGUACCUCCUCGUUUGGCUCGCUAAUACCUCCGCAACCUCAAUCUCAGCCGCAACCACACAUGAGUAGCAGCCAUCCACUUGUCAACGCAGGUAGUGUGGCAAAUGAGCCACAAGCACCAUCGGUUGUAUCGCUGUUCAAGCACCAUCAACAGGUAGAUAAACAAAAUCAAGAAAAGUUAGCGUCUGAGUCUCAACAGCAACAGCAUUUGCAGCAACAGCAGCAACAACAACAACUUCAGCAUCAACAAUUACAGCAACAAACCAGCCAUCAUCAUCACCAGCAGCAAUUGCAGCAGCAGCAGCAGCAACAACAACAACAACAGCAGCAACAGCAACAACAACAGCAACAGCAGCCGCUACAUUUGCCGCCUCAACAACAAGUGAAUCAUCAUCAAAGUCAACAAUUCGAACGUAAUCAACAGAAACAAAUAAUUGAUAACAUUGUUUCUCAGCAGCAACAAUAUGUCUCCAAACCGGUCAAGCCGGAUGAUAAAAAGGAGCAUGAACAUUACAACAUUCAAGUGCAGCAGCAACAUCAGGCUCAACAGCAGCAACAGCCGAUUCAGCAGCAACCAGCUCCACACUUUCAGCAAAAUGCAAAACCUGACAAACAAAAUGUCAAACUGAUGAACCAUAAAACUGCGAACAAUGUCGAUAGCGAAGAACAGCCAAAUGUAAAUAAAAAUUCCUCGCAGAAGGGAAAUAAAAAGCAGCAUCCCAAUCAGCAGCAGCUCCAUAAGCAACAUCAUCUAGACGACGAGCAGGGAGAAUUCAUCAAUCUCAAGAAAGAGAUGGAAGAAAAAAAGCGCCAGAAGGAGCUAAAAAAGCAACAACAGGAAGAACUCAAGCGCAAGCAGCUGGAAGAAAAAAAGAAACAAGAAGAGCUGGAAACUCAGAAGAAGGCAAAACUGUUGGAGAUUCAACGUCGAGAGGCAAUCAAAAUUCAAGAGCAGCAACAACAACCGCCUAGGCCGGUCACCAAAAUCGCACCAUGGUCUGCGACGGCUGUCGAAACUGUCAACAGUGGACCUAGCCUGGCUGAAAUUCAAAAGGCAGAACGAGAACGACGUGCUGCCUUAGCCCGCCAGGAGCAAUCGCUGCGAGAGCAGCAGCAACAGCAGGAGAUGAUGGAACUUCAAUCCCAGCUUGACAGCAAACUUAAGUGGAACGCUCAGAAUAUUUUGCCGCAAAACAUCAAAUCUCUUGCUGAGAUUCAAGCUGAAGAAGCCGCAGCUGCUGAACGUACUCGCGAAAAGAAUGCUGCCGCCAUUACUGCAGCUGCAAUUGCAGCUUCCUCUUCGAAACAGUCGAAGAAAGAUGAUUUGCUCGGAACGGCUGUCUGGCAGAGUCACGGUAACGUUCUUACCUGGAACACCACCAAGCUUUGGGGUCAUUCUGGAGAUGAAAACCUGAUGAGCUCCAGUGGUUUCUGGGAGGAACCGAAUCCUUCAGCCAAGAAUGGCCGUCACAAGCAAAAUCAGCAACAGUCUGCUCAGCAUCAACAGCAGGCCCAGAAUCAGAAGCAAAUGCUGAGCAAGAGCAAAACAAUGGGCAGUAUCUCGACCGUUUCUUCUUCGAAUGCAGUUGCAGCUGCGAAGCAGCAACAGCAAAAGAAUCAACAACAACAACAACAACAAGGCAAAAAUCCUAUUGCCCACAAAGGACCCAACACCGGCAAAAAUGCGCCCGGGCCGUCCAAUGCCGGCGGUGAACGGAAGGAACGUGCUUCGGUGCCGGAUCAGACUAGCGAGUUUACAAGCUGGUGUACCCGGGCACUGACUUCGCUGAACAGUAACGUUGAUAUUCCAAUUUUUGUUGGCUUUCUUCAAGAUAUUGAAUCACCGUUCGAAGUUAAGGAUUACAUUCGACUGUAUCUUGGUGAAACCAAAGAAUGCUCCGAAUUUGCUAGGCAGUUUCUGGAAAGACGCUCCAAAUACAAAAACCUGAUGCGCCAAAAGAACGCACACAUUGACGAUAUGUGCAAACCGGCUCCGGCCAUCAAUCCUUCUUCUAAUGAUUUUCAGGAAAUCAAAGGCAAGGGCAAGAAGGUGAAGAAAAACAAAAUGACCAAGCUUGAUAACCGAAUUUUGGGUUUCUCGGUAACUGCAGCUCCCGACCGCUUGAACGUGGGUGAUCGUGACUAUGGCGAUAACGCCUAAGGUGUAAUCAAUUCCCAUCCUUCACAUCGUAGUACCACAACAGGAGAUGAGAAAAACACACAUUUACGAUAAACGCCACCAGAAAAGGGUGGCUUUGUGUUGCUUUUGUUCAGUUUGUAGUAAUAGCAAAAAUAUCUCGGUUACUCUUAAAACAUAACAUUCAAGCUCUUGGCAUCGCGUAAAUAUACAAAGUCAUAAUGAUAGGCCCAUUUACUCGCAUAUAAAAACAAUCGCCUAGCUUAGAAAUAAGAUACAAAAAACGUAAAAUCAUUGAAGGUUAAACGGUAAUGAACUGGUUUCUACGUGCAAGGAUUUUAAAUUAGUUUUUCUUUUUCAUAAUGUCCAUUAAAAGUUUCGCUUGAUGGUCGGUUUUGUGUUUUGUGCGUCCAGUUUUAGUUAUUUUUUCAUCCUUAUCCUAUUUCGGACAAAGUUCUCUAUUCUGUCGCUGCUAUCAGUUCUAACAGAUAGUGUUUGCCUUACAUUAACAGAACUAAAAUUUUGCCUUUAUAUGGUCUGAAAAUGGUUGUCGAUUUAAUUUUGAGCUGGUUUCUGGGCUGUGGUUGCUGAAAAAAGAAAUCUUAUCAAAGUAUCACAUGCGUAUGCUAGACUGUACGAUUAUUGUACAUUGAAUAUUAUUAAACAGAUCACCAAUAUGAUAUAUGGUUUUAAAGUGUAUUUGUGUUUAGUUCGGUAUAGAUUUACCAUAUCUGCAAAAUGAUAAUAAAAAGCGGUUCUCUGUUAGACGGUUAUUCUCCGCUGCUGUAAUAGGCCCUACGCCUAUGUUUUCUCUAUUUACACAUCAGAUGAAACUAGAAAAAUUAUGAUUUGAAAGACAGUCAACGUAGCAAAAACAUUUGAAAUUUAGUUCUAACAAAAUAUUUGAUGAAACGAUUGCAUACUCAGACAAACUGUUAUGAAUAUUGAAUAACUCACAACUGUUAGAACCAGUGUCAGUGUCAAUUGUAAAUUAACUUAUCAAAAGACAAACAAAAUUUAAAACUAUUUUGUUUAGAAUAAUGAAAUUAAAUCAGUCGUGUUAAUCUCUUGUAUUUUUCUAGUAACUUGUUUCAGUGAAAGAAAAACAUUUAGAACAAAUCCAAAGCAAUUUGUUUAAUGAUCGUAGAGUGGUCUCAGCACUGCAUUAAAGCUAGAUACAGCUCAUAACGCAGAGGAGGCAAAUUAUGCUGUUACAGCCAUUGGUACAGUUUUAUUAAAUGAUGCCAAAACAUUUCGAGGGUGCCAAGAUACUAGUACGAAUAGCACAGAAAUACAGCAAACCGUAUUUGGUGAAUAUAAAAUGGAGGGAUUUUUUAAAUAAUCAUUUAGAUGUUUACGAAUUUGUACUUAAAGAAAAAUGAAAUCACAACAACAGUUUUAUUAGUUUCCAUUUCAGUAUACGAAAAAUUGAUAUUCGAUUUUCUUUUUCUAAUAAUGUGAUUUCUAUCAAUGUGACAAUAAAAUGGACGGGACCAUAUUUUGCAUCCCUCUGCGUAGCAUGUGAUUCGUGUAUAAAACUUGCUCUGACAAUAGUAUUUUUAGUAUUUUCAUUGUUUUUUUCCUGUAAUGUUUGAAAAACGGCAAUAUGUGCUUUUUAGUUGAUUCAUAAACCAGCGCGCUGCUUAUAAACAAAUAUCUACAGCCUUCAAUUUUUAGUUAACUUCUUCCUAUUGCAAUAUUGGCACAGUCUUUACAACAGAACCAACCACUGGCCCAAGCUGUGUCAGGUUAGAAAGUCUGAUAAAUUAUUACCCAUAUAUUACUUUAGUUAUUUUGCUUUAACAAUAAAUUACUUCAUCGAAUUUAAUUUUUUUUAUCCAAUUUCAUAGACAGAGAGAUAUCAAACAAAAAAUACCUAACCAACCCACAGCAAUGAAUAGACAAAAGUAGAAUUAUAAAAACGAGAUACAAAUAUAAAAUAGCAUACGUUGAAAACACGCCUCCCAAAGCAGAUAGUGUUUCAAAAAUUGAAACAAGAGCAAACAAACGUUCUAAAUGUGUGUUUUUUGAAUCGUCAACGUGCCGUCAAAGUAGAAACCGGAAUGAAAAAAGGCGAUAGGAUCAUUAUAGACCCAGUUUUAAGUUGAAGGAAAAACAACAAUAAAAAAUCGACAACUGUUAUUGCAACUAUUAUUACAUCUUUAGCUAUUAUUAGGAUAACAAAAAAAAAGAAAGGAAAAGGGAACGGAACGAUCGUGUGCACGAGCGCUGGAAGCAAACAACAACUAGCCAUUUUUUGAAUAAGAAUUGAGCAGCCUUAUAAAGGUGUGACCAGUCACAAUACGUUAUGAAGGGUUUUGCGAUUUCACCUUCGUUGAAAACAAGUCAGGAUGGGCCAAUCCGGAAUGGGCAUGAUGUUGAAAAGGGAGAAAUUAGCAAAGCCAGUGAAACCAAAAGAAGUACUAAACUACUAAGCGGAACAGAGAGCUUCCAUCACAUUGCCGCAAGCGUGUGAACUAAGAACACCGGAAACUCAAUCACAAAACGGUUAAGCAACAUAGGAAACGACGUUGAUACUACUGAUAACUAUUGAACUAUUGAUUUUUUCAUUUCAGUUAUAGGCUAGGGUUCAGGGCAGUUGAGACAUUGUUUAAUACCGAUUGAACAGAACAUUGAUGAGCUAAGCUAUUAUAACAUAACACAAUAAAAUAAAAAAAAAACGAAUAAACAACUCUUCAUAUAAAACAAGUUUUGAUGAUGAUAACGACGAUGACGAUGAUUAUGAUGAUGAUGAUGAUGAUGAUGAUGAUGCUGAUUAAUCGUUUUACUAUAUUUGUUUACUAUUACCCUUAUUAUACACCAACCAUUAUUUCUUUCUAUUGAACAAUGGACUUAUCCCAGAUUUAUCGUCUGGGCUAACAAAAGCAAACGAGCGCGACUAGAAGCGCACGUUAGAAAGGGCUUUUCUUCGUGAAGACAGAGAGGCAAUGUAAUUAGAAGCAGAUAAAGAGGAAAAGAAAAUUGAUGAUAAUUUACACAAUUUCGUAUAUAAAGAAGGAAUAAAAAUUAGAAGUU